GCAAAAAUUCGUGCCCCGCAUGCCCUGGUGAUGACUUUCCUGUUCAAGAGCGGAAGUUUAAGAGAGAAAUGGAAAUCGAUUGCUCAGGCUACGUACGCUCAUUCCCGGAACUUGGCCUAUUUUGUGUUCACCUACAAGGGGCUGAUGGCGUUGCAGUCCCGACUACAGGGGAAGAAAAUUCCAUUUCAUUCUUUCUUUGCAGCCUGCGUUGGAGGUUGGCUAGUGUUUGGUGACAACAAUCCCAUUAACAGCCAGAUCAUUAUGUACUUGCUGUCUCGUAUCCUGUUCGGCUUGUCUCGGCUGGCAGUGGAGAAGGGCUACGUCCCACAGCCAAAGCAGGAUCCCUUUCCACUUGUCGCUGCUCUGAUAUGGGGGACAGUUCUCUGGCUCUUUGAAUACCACCGGCAAACCCUGCAGCCUUCUCUGCAGUCCUCCAUGACCUACCUGUAUGAUGAUAGUAAUGUAUGGCAUGACAUUUCUGACUUUCUCAUUUAUAACAAAAGGACAGACAGCAAGUAGGUGGUUCAUUGUAAAACACCUGUGAAUGGGAUGGUGCCUUCCAGCAGCUAAGGGAAAGGGUUAUUCUGUUGCUCUUGACUGUUUUGUUUGGUUUUUUUUUUUUUAAAUGAAUAUCUGUCAAGCACAGUUGCUUCUUGUGUCCUGGCCAAAAUGUUCUGGUUAGUCUUCUCUUGGCUCUGGUUAGAGCAAGUAAAUACCCACGGAAACUUGUUGCAGUCCUCAGUGAGAAUAAAAUGCCUUGGGAAUCUUGA